CAGCGGCGCGCAAGUCGCACGGGGCGCGGGGCGCGGGGCGCUUGGGGCGGAGCGGCCAUGGCAGCUCCGGAGCCGCUGUCCCCGGCGGGUGGCGCGGGCGAGGAGGCACCGGAUGAGGACGAGGACGAGGCAGAGGCCGAGGACCCCGAGAGGCCGGCUGGAGCUGGCGGCGCGCGCAGCGGAGGCGGCGGGGGCGGGGGCGGCGGCGGCGGCGGCGGCGGUGGCGCCGGCGCCGGAGCCGGGGCGGGCCCGGGGGGCUGCGGCGGGCCCGGGGGCGCGCUCACCCGGCGCGCGGUCACGCUGCGGGUGCUCCUCAAAGAUGCGCUACUGGAGCCCGGCGCCGGGGUGCUGUCCAUCUACUACUUGGGGAAGAAGUUCAUGGGAGACCUACAGCCCGACGGGAGGAUCGUGUGGCAGGAAACGGGACAGGUGUUCAACUCACCCAGCGCCUGGGCCACCCACUGCAAGAAGCUGGUGAACCCGGCCAAGAAGUCCGGCUGUGGCUGGGCCUCUGUCAAGUACAAGGGCCAGAAACUGGACAAGUACAAGGCGGCCUGGCUCCGGCGACACCAGCUGCACAUUCCCACGGCUGCUGCCGACGAGAGCCCGGCCAGUGAAGGGGAGGAGGAGGAGCUGUUGAUGGAGGAAGAAGAGGAGGAGGUUCUGGCAGGGGUCUCCACUGAGGACAAGAGUCGGAGACUACCUGCCAAGGGACCCUUGGAGCCUGCGCACCCAGAGACCGUGCCCCCCGGGAAGCGGGUGGAAAACAAGAUCCGGGUGCCUGUGCGGUAUUGCAUGCUGGGCAGUCGAGACUCUGCCAGGAACCCCCACACCCUGGUGGAAGUAACAUCCUUCGCUGCCAUCAACAAGUUCCAGCCGUUCAACGUGGCCAUCUCCAGCAACGUGCUGUUCCUGCUGGACUUCCACAGCCACCUGACUCGAAGCGAGGUCGUGGGGUACCUGGGGGGCCGCUGGGACAUCAACAGCCAGAUGCUCACGGUGCUGAGAGCCUUCCCCUGUCGGAGCCGGCUGGGGGACGCGGAUAUGGCGGCCACCAUGGAAGAGGAGCCUCGCCUGUGCCCCCAGAUCUACCAGAGCCUGCUCCUGCGGGGCCUGUCCCUGGUGGGCUGGUACCACAGCCACCCGCACAGCCCCGCGCUCCCGUCGCUGCAGGACAUCGACUCGCAGAUGGACUACCAGCUGCGGCUGCAGGGCUCCAGCAACGGCUUCCAGCCCUGCCUCGCGCUGCUCUGCGCCCCUUACUACUCUGGCAACCCGGGCCCCGAGUCUAAGAUCUCCCCCUUCUGGGUGAUGCCGCCCCCCGAGCAAAGGCCCAGUGACUACGGCAUCCCCAUGGACGUGGAGAUGGCCUACGUCCAGGACAACUUCCUGACUAAUGACAUCCUUCAUGAGAUGAUGCUGCUGGUGGAAUUCUACAAGGGCGCCCCUGACCUCGUGAGGUUCCAGGAGCCCUGGAGCCAGGAGCACACGUACCUCGACAAGCUGAAGAUCUCCCUGGCCAGCAGGACACCCAAGGACCAGGGCCUGUGCCACGUGCUGGAGCAGGUUUACAGCCUUCUUAAACAAGGGAGCUGAGGCCCCGCCUGCCAGGGCCUGGGGGGGGGGGGGCCUCUUGGUCAGACUCUGAUCCCCCCCUCCCCCCCCCGUGGUUUGGGCUGAGGGGGACUGGGACCAGGGGGGUUCUCUUGGGGGCUGUGCCGCUCUGUUCCUGUGCAACUUAGCUGUGCGGUGGUUGGGGCACGGAUAAUAAAAGACAGAAGCAAAUAGCCUGGGUGUGUGUCUCACCCUGGGGGGAGGGGGAGCCCCCUGCACUCGUCCCUGGGCACAUAGGCUGCUGUCUGGGCAGCGGUACAGGAGGGGACGCUCCGAGCGCCCAUGUUGCGGGCUUCCUGGGGCUGCAGGGACAUCUGGAGGACGUGAUGCCUGUGCUGGUGGCUGGGCAAAUGACUUUUCCCCCGGCUCCCCUGGACGCUCACAGAGAGCCAGGGAGGAAGACCCACCCUGCACCACACCAAGCAAGAGGCUGUAGAAAGAGACAUUUAAUACUUAAAAAAAAAAAAAAAAAUCAGGAUUACAUUUCGAUCUGCCGAUUGUGGCCCAGGUUCCACUGCUCAUGUCUGCUGGGAGGUCUGUGCUUCCCCCAUGUAAUGGCAACGAGGGGGCCUCAGAGCCAGGUGUCCCC